AUAAGAUUUUCUUGUAAGGAUAAAAAAGUACUGCACUCGAGAGUAUUUGUAUAAUUUUCCCUUCCUGUAAACCCACACUGUCCAUAUUCGCUCGUCUCUCUCCCUCCCCUCCAUUUCUCAUCCCUCUUUUUCUCUCUAUAUCAAAACCCUAGCUAUUCUCCAAAUCAUGGUUUACCUGUGGUUACUCUUUGUUUUGAUGGUAGAUAUUGAGGAGGAGAUUCGCUCGUUACAACUUGACUCUGCAGAAGAUAAUACUGGAGUUAUUAACCCAGAAGAUGCAAAGUUGGAGGAAGUGGAGAAGUUGGAUAGAAUGGAGGAAGAUUCUAAAGAUGAUGUUAGUCUCAACUCUAAGGAUGUGCAGGCUGAGUCCAAAGUAAAAGAUAAGGCAGUAUCUGCUCCAGGAGAUGUUGAAACACCAGAUGAGAUGGAAGAAGACAAUAAGAAGCGGCACUUGAAUGUGGUUUUUAUUGGCCAUGUUGAUGCUGGCAAGUCCACAACUGGAGGGCAGAUACUUUUCUUAAGCGGUCAGGUUGAUGAUCGGACAAUCCAAAAAUAUGAGAAAGAAGCUAAGGACAAGAGUAGAGAAAGCUGGUACAUGGCAUAUAUUAUGGAUACUAAUGAAGAGGAGAGGGUUAAGGGUAAAACAGUUGAAGUGGGAAGAGCACAUUUUGAAACAGAGACGACUAGAUUUACAAUUUUAGACGCACCGGGUCACAAGAGUUAUGUUCCUAAUAUGAUUAGUGGAGCCUCUCAAGCUGAUAUUGGUGUACUGGUGAUUUCUGCUCGGAAAGGAGAAUUUGAAACUGGGUAUGAAAGAGGUGGGCAGACCCGUGAACAUGUUCAGCUUGCAAAGACAUUAGGGGUCUCGAAGCUUCUCGUCGUUGUAAAUAAAAUGGAUGAUCCCACUGUGAACUGGUCAAAAGAAAGGUAUGAUGAAAUUGAAUCAAAGAUGAUACCGUUUCUAAAGUCUUCAGGCUAUAAUGUGAAGAAAGAUGUCCUGUUCCUACCAAUAUCUGGGCUGCUUGGUACAAAUAUGAAAACUAGAAUAGAUAAAAGUGUGUGUUCAUGGUGGAAUGGCCCGUGUCUUUUUGAAGCUCUAGAUGCUGUUGAGGUUCCUCUACGAGAUCCAAAAGGUCCUUUUAGGAUGCCUAUUAUUGACAAAUUUAAAGAUAUGGGAACUGUAGUCAUGGGCAAAGUAGAAUCUGGUAGUAUUACUGAGGGCGAUUCCUUGUUGGUCAUGCCAAAUAAAACUCAGGUGAAAGUUGUUGCUGUAUAUUGUGAUGAAACCAAAGUUAGGUGUGCGGGGCCUGGAGAAAAUCUUCGUGUUAGAUUAUCUGGGAUUGAUGAUGAGGAUAUAUUGGCAGGUUUUGUCUUGUCAAGUAUUGCAAAGCCAAUAGCUUCAGUUACAGAAUUUGUUGCUCAACUGCAAAUCCUUGAAUUGCUGGACAACGCGAUUUUUACAGCUGGCUAUAAGGCUGUUUUGCACAUUCAUUCUGUAGUUGAGGAAUGUGAGAUUGUUGAACUGCUACAACAAAUUGAUCCAAAGACAAAGAAACCUAUGAAAAAGAAAGUCCUCUUUGUGAAGAAUGGUGCUGUUGUUGUGUCUCGCGUUCAGGUAAAUAACAUGAUAUGCAUUGAGAAGUUUGCAGAUUUUCCUCAACUUGGCAGGUUUACUCUUCGUACUGAAGGGAAAACAGUUGCUGUGGGGAAAGUCACUGGACUUCCUUCAGUUUCUAGUUAAACAGUUUUGGUGUUACAGUUUUGAUUCAAAAGGAUAGCUUUUUCUUUCUCGCGUACUUUGCGUGAAGUGCCAGCAUGCCGAACUUGUUAACAUAUGGUAGUUUCAUAUAUUUUCAUGGAAUGAAGCUCCUAUAGUUACAUGGUGAGUUGGUUAUUUUGCUGCUUUUUGGUGUUCUCAAAAUCCAGAAUUCUCAGGUAUUCAUGAUUUAGAUAUAAGAAAUGCAGAGCAUGCCCCUUACUUAACUGGUGGUAAUUAACCAGUUUUAUCUGUUGUAGCUUUCUCAGUAUGGUUGAAAUUGAGUUACUGAUUCCCAGAGUUUAGAAUGUAGCGUGGGCACUUGUCUAAUACCCAUUAAAGUGUAUAUUGGUUUCAAUUAUCGUUUAUUUUUUUAGUGGUUUUGGCUUUGCCGAGUUUUUA